UUGUCCGUUGCGCACGCGCCAGUACUGCCGUUCGUGGUUACAAGCGCGGACGUCCAAAAUGAUCAGUUCUGUAAUCGUUCUAACACUUUGCGUUGUAUACGAUUACAUUCAUUCAUUAAUACAUUCAUUCAUUUUAUUGUGUUCCUUUCAGCGCAAGCAGGGAUCCUUCUUCCACAUGCUCCAGCCUGUCCGGAGCACUAUGGAGUUCAGGCAUAUGCCCACCCUGAGUUAUGCGAUCAAUUCUUUUUGUGCACAAACGGCACACUAACCGUCGAAACCUGCGAGAACGGCCUUCUGUUUGACGGCAAGGGCGCAGUACACAACCAUUGCAACUACCACUGGGCCGUCGACUGCGGUGAAAGGAAAGCUGACUCCGUCGUUGGCUUCAAGUGUCCAACUAAAGUUCCGGCCAACACCCAGUCAGCCAAGUUCUGGCCGUUCCCUCGUUUCCCGGUGCCCGGAGACUGCCACAGACUGAUCACAUGCGUGGAAGGAAACCCUCGGCUGAUCACCUGCGGAGAAGGAAAAGUCUUCGACGACCAGAACCUCACUUGUGAAGAUCCCGAAUUAGUGCCACACUGUGCUCAUGCUUAA